AGCUCCUCUCCGAGUCUUACUCUGAGGUAAACGUACUCACUGUCAACACGGAGAGCCUCAGAGAACUUGCCGCACACUUUCUCAGCCCGUUCUUCACCUUCUCUCUCUGCGCACUUGAAGGCUUGAGAAUGAUGCGACCGAAAGAUUUACGCCAGGGCUCUGGUACCAAGACCUUCCUGGAUGCCAUGCACGGUGGCAAAGUUCACCUUGCACGCUUUAUCCUGGAUGCCUUGGAUGGACGCAUCAUCAACUCCAAGACAGAGAACAGCCGCACACCACUCAUGUAUGCCGUCUGCCUACAAGACCCUGGAACCAGGGCCAAGUUCACCCGGCUGCUGCUGGAAAAAGGUGCAGAUGUCAACUGCCAGGAUGAGGAUGGUCGCACAGCUCUGAGCCAUGCCUGCGAGGUGGGUUACCUGGACGUCGUCAAGCUCCUGGUGCAGUUCAACGCAGACCCGGACAUCACAGAUGCCUGGGGCAACAGCGCUCUCAUGUACGCUGCCUUUUCUGGACACAGCCAGGUUCUGGAGUUCCUAGUCCGCGCUUUCAAAAGACUGGGACUGAGGCUGGACAGAACCAACAACGCCGGACAUUCCGCAAUUGAGGUGGCCAACUUCUUCGGACAUAACCAGUGCAUCCAGAUUCUGAACUUUCCUUGCAGGAGAGGUGUAAGCACGGAUGAUCCACCUGCUGAUGUGGGUACCAUUGAUGAGGGAGAGUGCCGGCAGCCCAACAAGCUCCCCAGACAUGUUCUGGAGAGAUUCUCCAAGCAGUUGAAUAAUGAUAACCAACUGCCCGGGGUAUUUCAGAGGCAGCUGAAGAUUGGAGACAGCGGCGGGCUGUGGAACCGCUUCAAGUGUCCAAGGAGCCAAUCGCAAGAAGACAACCACCGGCACAGCUGGGCUCUGCCUCCUCAGCCAGAGAAAAGCCGAACUGAGGAGGAUCACAGCGUUCUCUUCACUGCCAAACAACUGCAAAACUGCCAACUAUGGGAGCUAAGAGGGGCUAAAACACUGACCGAGCCAAGCCAGAAAGCGGUCAGCCAAGGAAUCCCCAAGAGAACACCAGAGAGUCUUCCUCUCUGGGGAAAAGCUAAGUCGUUUAACCUGGACCUUGUGAGCAGUAGAAAGCAGUCCUAUCAGGGUGAUGUGUGUGACAUGAGCCUGUCAGCCAGCAAAUUAAAGAGAGCCUCGCUACAGGAUGAGAGAUGCCUGAUAGACAAGACGGAAUGUCAAGGAAACACCUGGGGUCUGACAAACAACGCUGACAAAACUGUUUCUGUGCCAAAACCUCUUUCAAACAGCAAGAGUCUGCCCGCGAGAGCACUCGAGGAGAAUGUCAAAUCACAGAAAGCAGAAGCUAAUGACACAGCCCCGCCGAGCAGGAGAGAGCAGCAGAAAAGGGGGAGCUUGGGGCCGAGUGGCAGAAACAACAAACUACUCUUCGCCAGAGGGGAGAUGGAGUCGGGGAAGAUCCCCGGCCGCACGCCCGGGUUCGUCGGCCUGGGGACCAGACUGAUGCGUCGAUUCACGGCACCGGAGUUCAUGAGGAUGGUGAUAGACUGCUCGUCUGGCUCCUCGAACGGCAGAGGGAGGAUGUCCCGUUCAGAGACCUUCCCGCUCUCUCACACGCACCAGCAGGUCAACAGCCAGCCGAGCGUCGACAGCAUCAGUGGAGUCAAGUGUGAGUUUGAAAGCUGCUCUUCUCAGUCCACCCUCGAUUAGCACCAGGACAGUGUCGAGCGGCAGAAACAGCCGGUAGUGACAUUUUUACAGCACUUAAAUUUCUGAUAAUGCAGUUUGGUUGCUUGGGGAUAUAUUCAAUUGAGACAAAUAACAACCCUUUGCUAAUGUUGCAGUUUAUUAGUUUUUUUUCCUGAUAUUUAUUAAUAAAUGGAACAAGAAAUUUAAAGCUAAAUGUUGGGUUGCAUUCAAUUUUACUAUUCGAUAUAUGAAAUCAUAUUUUGAAUUCUAUCAGUCUGUGAGCUGCUAAAAAUAAUUAUUUUUGUUUUACAUAUAUAAGAUUUAUAUUGGAUGGAACCAACUGUAUUUGAUAUUGCUUCUGUGUUUAUAAGAAAUAUUGUACGUAUUUUGCUUAAAGAUAUUCAGUGACUGUGCUCUGUAUGAUUCAUGCUGAAUACCCUAAUAAAUACUUUAAAACAUA